AAGUGAUGAUUCGGUUGGGUCACUAAUAAAAGGAUUUCCCUCGCAGUAAACCCCAAACAGGAAUCUCUCCGACCAAUCAUAGCACUCAAAUUUACUGGGUAUCCGUUUUCGUACGCAACCACUCUGCCCAAAGUUCGAAUCCAACAAUCAACGGCAGCGACGGGAAACACCAUCUCCUUUUUCUCCUGGCGAUCUCUGUCCAGCCGGAGAUCAGCCAUGGUCACCGGUGCAUCCGACUUCACCCCUUCUUCCUCCAAUUCAAAUCCCGCUCAGCAGCGUUUCGACUUCUCGGUCAAUUCGACGUUGAGAAUUUUGAUCACUGCCAAUCAGUACAAGUACUGCUCCGAGGCUCUCAGGUUGCUCAACGAAAAGCUCCAGAUGCCCCAUGAAAUAACCAAAGAGUUUGCUCGUUUGCAGGCCAAUAGGAUUAGACAGCCAGAGAUGGCAAGCAGCUGCACAGUGGCUUUUCACAGUGUCAAUAAGAGCAAAAACCGAUACACUAAUGUUGUACCGUUUGACGAUAACAGGGUUGUUCUUAAUUCGUGUAAAGAUUACAGACUAUCUGCAAAUGGUUAUAUCAAUGCAAGCUUCAUCUCGACUCCUUCCCCAGAAAACAUUUCUAAGUUUAUAUCCACACAAGGUCCAUUACCGCACACCUUUGAGGAUUUCUGGGAGAUGGUUAUCCAAUAUCGCUGCCCUGUCAUUCUGAUGCUUACACGCUUGGUGGACAAUUUCAAGACAGUAAAGUGUGGAGAUUAUUUUCAGGCAGAAGAUGGUCCUAGAGAAUUUGGCAAGAUAUCAAUUGUCACUAAAUGGUUACAAACUACAGAGACUUCAUUGGUUUUGCGCAACAUGGAGGUAAAUUAUAAGGAGUCGGAUGAGCCACCACCGUCUGUUUUGCAUAUUCAAUAUCCAGAAUGGCCUGACCAUGGUGUCCCCACUGAUACAUUUGCUGUUCGUGAAAUCUUUAAAAGAUUAUAUAAUGUUCCUGUUAACCCUAGCCCAAUCGUAGUACACUGCAGUGCAGGUAUUGGGAGAACAGGAGCAUACUGCACAAUUCAUAACACAAUCCAGAGGAUCCUUUUGGGCGAUAUGUCUGCAUUAGACCUUGUUAAUACUAUAUCUAUAUUUAGGUCCCAGCGAAUUGGAAUGGUGCAAACCAUGGAGCAAUAUCUUUUCUGCUACAAAGCUAUAGUUGAUGAACUGAAUGACCUCAUUUCAGAGUUCCUUGGCGGAAGUAAUGCAGGACGGUAUGCCUGCUCAGGUCCAUUGAAUUGAUCUAAGAUUUUACAUUAUUGCAUGUCUAAUUUUUUAUUUUUUUGCAUCAGUAUCAUUCCUGGUUGUGAAAUAUUAACAGAAUCGCUUGUUUUCCUUUGUGACAGCUAGGUUUCACUGAUUAAACCCCAAUUGAAUGGAGCUAUGAAAAUCAAAUAAAUUUCCCAUUAGGAGAAAACCAAUAAAUCUUCAGAAUAGCCAAGUCGAUUGGAUUAUACUGUCAAUUAGCAGAUGCUCCUUGCACAAUGUAGGAAUAUGAACAAAGUACUCAUUGCAAACUAUAUCUGCCACCAAUUUUAACAGAGUAAUGCAUUUUAAAGUGCCUGUUUCACUAUGUUUUUACAGUAUCACAAGAGUCUCUAAAUCACUUUCUGUUUACAUUUUGGAAUUAGCAGCAGUUUUCUUGAUGCACACACCCCUGCAGGGAGUCAGUGGCCUACCACAAAUGCUUUAUUUCAUGUCAACUUUUAUAAGAAAGGACACUGAUACAU